AGGAAAAUGACCUUUAGCCUAACCAACGUGACCAGAGUGACCUGGAUCAAAAUUGGCCUGCUUCUGGCCUUCUUGAUGGUCAACGUCGCACUGUACAAGCAGUCGUCGCAGUUUCAAAUGGUCGUCGCCAGCUUCUUCAGCUCGUUGCCCGCACAGAACGUGGCGAACACGCGGAACGUCACCGGCUCCUCGCCACCCAACGCCACUCAAUCCCCCGCGUCGUUCCGGCCGGGAAACUUCACCACGGACCUCUUCCCCCUGACACCGAGCAACGAUCUCAGCACCAUUCCCCCGAAGAAGAAUCCGACUCACAUCUUCAAGUCUAAAAAGACACUGGCCCAUUCGACCGCCAGGUCUGCGCCCUACCCCAAAGUGAUGCUAGAGAAGCAUCCGUUCCUGAAUGAAUCGAUUGUCAACCCACACAAUUUCAACUACCGGAUAUUCCCGUCGUUUGUCUGUGAUCCGGACUCCACGGAGUUGGUCAUUGCCGUGCCCAUAACUCGGAGUAACUUCGAGGGGCGCAAGACGGUCCGGGAAACGUGGGGGAGUUUCGCCAACACCAGCGGGAAUAACGCCAUCCUCGUGUUUUUUAUCGGCUCCGAGCACGACUCCGACAGUGAAGUGCAAACUAAAAUUCAGAACGAGGCUGCAAUCUUUGGUGACAUACUACAAGAGCAGUACAUUGACAGUUACAAUAAUCUUAGCCUAAAGUCCGUCUCCAUCUUGAAGUGGGUUAACUUCUAUUGCCCGCGCAGCUCCCUUGUCCUGAAGGCUGACGACGACAUGUACAUCAACGUCCCCCUGCUCGUCCGAACGCUGAAGGGGAAAGCCGCCUCCUCUGAAACCCCCAGUGCCUUUGUGAUGGGAUCCGAACAGUGGAACGCCCACCCCAUCAGAAACACCGCCUCCAAGUGGUACACGCCGUACACGAUGUUCAAGGGCGACACGUACCCGAACUACAUGUCCGGUACGGCGUACGCCAUGACGACCGAGGCGGCGAAGCUGCUGUACGAGGCCUCGCUCCGCGUGCCUUUGUUUUGGUUGGAGGAUAUCUACAUAACGGGGCUGUGCGCCAAGAAGAGCCACGUAACCCUCGUAAACAGUGACAUGUUUUCCUACGGGAAACCGGAUGCGUCUGGUUGCUCCUUUAGAAACCACAUUUCUGGUCACCGCUAUAAGCUGGAGGAGAUCUCCAAGAUACACAAAGAGCUGUACGAUCCGAACACUGUCUGUGAGCGAGCUGCUGCUUGAAGAUGCCAACCCUUUAAUUCUGGAGCAGUUUGUCCCUAGGUCGUGUCUCAUGCGCUACAGGCUAUACCAUGCCUCUUGCAAUGGGCGGAUUUCCUUUGCAAUCGGAUGGAUGUCCCUUGUGAUGGGAUGGAUGCCCCUUGCAAUGGGAUGGAUGCCCCUUGCAAUGGGAUGGAUGCCCCUUGCAAUGGGAUGGAUGGCCCUUGCAAUGGGAUAGGUGUCCCUUUCAAUGGGAGCGUUGUCCCUUGUGAUGGGAUGGAUGCCCCUUGCAAUGGGAUGGAUGCCCCAUGCAAUGGGAUUGGUGUCCCUUGCAAUGGGAUGGAUGCCCAAUGCAAUGGGAUGGAUGUUCCUUGCAAUGGGGUGAAUGUCCCAUGCAAUGGGAUGGAUUCCUCUUGCAAUGGGAUUGGUGUCCCUUGCAAUGCAAUGACGUUGAUGCAAUGAUAAUGCGUUAAAGAGUCCCCCUGAAAAUGGAGAUCCCUUGCCUGGGGACCUUCGGGAGCUUAGAUGUGCCCCACGCCAUGAGCAUACACUCAAGAUAAUGAAUGACGCCCUUUUAUAAUUGUGCCCUUGGCUCUUCAUGACAUUCUUUUAUUGUGGGGGGUCUGCUUAAAAUAAGGUGGUUGAUGUAACUUUGAUGUUAAGAGAUUUGUAAAACAUAGUUUGAAUUGAGAAUUAUAUUCUCUGGUCAAAGCCGGUAAGAUAGAGGAGUCGCCGGUGGAACAGAGAAGUCGCCAAUUGAAUGGAGCAGUCGCCAGUGGAAUAGAGGAGUCGCCAGUGGAAUAGAGGAGUCGCCAGUGGAAUAGAGGAGUCUUACAGUGGAGUAGAGGAGUCGCUGAAGGAAUAGAGGGAUCGCUUGUGGAAUGGGGUCGUUUGUGGUACAGAUUAGCGCAGUGGAUUAGAUGAGUGGGGUGGGUGAGUGGGAUAGUCAAGGCGGCAAAGUUUGACCCAGUGAGAUAUGUUAUCUUACUCAAGUGAGAUACGUUAUCUUACUCAAGUGAGAUACGUUAUCUUACUCAAGUGAGAUAUGUUAUCUUACUCAAGUGAGAUAUAUUAUCUUACUCAAGUGAGAUAUGUUAUCUUACUCAAGUGAGAUAUGUUAUCUUACUCAAGUGAGAUAUAUUAUCUUACUCAAGUGAGAUAUGUUAUCUUACUCAAGUGAGAUAUAUUAUCUUACUCAAAUGAGAUAUGUUAUCUUACUCAAGUGCGGAUAUAGAGCCCUAGAAAAUUGAAUGACUUGUUAGAGCCCCACUUCACAUGUAACAUCUAAAUGGGGCACCUGGCUCCUCUGGUUUUACAUAUAAUUUCGGUACUUCAUCUGGAAUAUGUGCAGAUUGAAAAAUAAUGAUUACUAUAUAACUCCAUUCAACCAAUACAUAUUUUAACUGGACGUCAUUCAAUAAUCAUUAAAAACUAGUAUGUAAUUCCAUAGUCAGGUCCGAAUAAUCCUGCCCUCGGCAACCAGCGUGGGAGUCCAGAAGUCAGUGCCCCCCACCUCCGCACCAUGGUUAAAAAAAAUCUUCUGCAAAACAGAAAUGAAUGAAAACAUAGAACAACGGGGCUUCCUUACACGUUUAGACUGCAAGGUCAAGUUUAUCGCAAUCACUGGGCUCACUUGCAGGUUGUUUGCUACGUUGUCCUUGUGUGUGAUAUUUAAACCGCGUACCGUCUCAGCAAUGGCGGUGUUCGGCCAUUUAAGGCUACCGCCACACAAGGCUAAAACACUGGCCGGCUUAAGUAGCCACCCCGGUGAACUGAACAGACCGUCCACGAACAAUUUCAGUGUAAUAAUAAAUAAUAUGAGAAGCUGUGAUAGUUAGUGGCUGUCUAAUGUUGCUAGGGUGUCCGCACCUGUGCCGCGAAGGGCAGUCUCGCAAGCACUUUGUUGAUUGCAUGCCGUGUGUACGUGACGGGAACACUUGGCAUGUCAGGUGUGUGUUUUUAUGUGUGUCGAUUGGCCCAGUGACAGGGAUAUUAUGUUGUCGUAUGUCAGUGAAAAGCAUGCGAUUGCUAGUGUCAGGUUGUUAUUAUGAAUGGGAAAAACCCAUCAUUUGGAUUAUCAUUAUUCAAUGUGUGACCAUCUAUGAUCAUCUACUCAGGAAUAAACUGAUGGCUUCAAUCGAAGUGACUAUAGCUUAGCAAUAACACUCAGCAAAUGUAUCAUUGAUACUAAAAACCAUCUUUUCCAGAUAAAUCUGAUGGCAAAUAUCAAAUAUAUGGAUCAUCCAUUUAGCAAUAGGGCCAUCCAUAUAUUACAUACUGGUAUGUUUAAAGUCAAAAUUUCAAGUCCUAUUCACCACUGUUGCAUAAAUACUUUUUUUUGACACCCCACCCCCCUCUUCCCGCCACACUGCCUACGUCGUCGAACAAUGACGCACAGUGGACUAGUAGAAGUAUGUCCAACGAGUCCACUUGUCAUUAAAGACCCGAUGCACCGUUGUGAUGAAAUAGAAACAACGAAACAGCGCUGAAAUUUGUUUAAACUUUGAAAAUAAUUCCGAAGAAUUGAUUUUUAUAGAUUUUUAGGUGAUAGAUGGCUUUUGAAAUUCGAUUAGGCUAUUUUUGGACUGACGGAAUUUAGGAUAAUUAUUGCAGAUUCUGUGCAUAAGUGUACGUACUUUCUACCAACUCCCGACCCCAGACAUACAUACCCGCAGAGGAGUAGUGAGAGUGUUUGGCGCCCAGGGACAAUGUUCAUUUUAAAGCACCCCCUUUUCUUUUUUUUUAUCAAAGCAAAUUUUGGCGCCCCUAACUAGCUGGCGCCCGGGGACAUCUGUCCCCCUGCCCCCCCCUUCGCUACGCCUCUCCAUACCCGUACGCAAAAUCACCCCCCCCCCCUUUUUUUUUUCGACGUGCGCACUGCAUAUAUGGUUGGC